AGGAUCACUAAAUAGCACUUUUGUUAGGAAAGAAUUCUGAGGACAGAUGGGGAAGUAAGAGGAGAGGAGAAAAGGGGUUGAGAUUGGCGACCAAAAAGGAGACAGAGGUGGGAGUGAAAAAAGGGAAAGGAGAAGGAGUGGAGGAAAAUAUCCAGAGAAGAAACAAGUUGUAGAUUAGAGAGGGCAGAUGGAUAAAAGACAAAAGGGAUAAAGGCACUAGAGGGGAGAUACAGAGGGAUAAACAAAGAAGGGAUUAUUAGGGAGAGAGAGAAAAAGGAAGAAAAGGAAGAAAGGAGGGAGGAAGAAGGGGCACAAUAGGAAUAGGUGGGGGGUCAGAUUGAAAGAAAAACUGAAGGAAAAAGUAGAGAAAGAGGAGGAGAGAGAGCGCAAAGGCGGAGGGAAUGAAACAGAGAGGAAUAGAGGGGAAGGAGUGAGAGAGAAGAGACUCAUUUGUAGUUGUCAGCUCAGUGUACAAGAAAGAGAGAGCUCUAUAAGAAGAAGUGAGUGAGUGAGAGAGAGCGAGAGAGAGAGAGAGUCAGAAGAAGAGACAGAAAGGGGAGAGGGCAGCAGACAGUAAGAGGUUCUGAGGCAGCGAUAUGGGACGGGGUAUUUGGGUGACAGAUUGAAUGGUAAAGUUCGCAGGCAGAUGAAUAAGUGAAGCAGGAUGUCAGAGGCCUGUGUCAGGGCAGGGAGCAGGUGAGGGCACAGGGGCAGAUACAGCUGGAGGAAUGUCACCUGCAGGGAGGUGAGAAGGUGAUCCCGAAUCUGAACUCUACACAGAGAGACAAGAACAUGAGGCUCCGGGGGAAUUUCUAGAGGCGGCAGACAACUCAACAACUCAACAGAGGCCGGACAAUGAGGUUACUUCAGUUAUGUAGGAUACAUGUCCUGGGGUUGGGUCUCGUCGUUCUGAUGACCAUUGGACUCACGAUUCAGCUCCUGGGAACCCAUUUUCUGAAGAGGCCACCCCAGAGCGUCUCCGUCCUGCGCGUCGUGUCCCCUGCCCCUUCCCGGACAUGCAAUCCAAGGAGGCACGUUGUGUUCCUGAAGACACACAAAACAGCAGGGAGCACAAUAUUAAACUUGCUGCAUCGUUACGGGGACAGGAAUGGGUUAAUGUUUGCCUUGCCCUUGAAGUAUCAGUUUAGCUACCCCAACCUGUUCCACUCGCGGCACGUGAAAGGGUACAACGCACUCAACGAGCCCACGUACGAUAUUCUCUGCCACCACAUGAGGUUCAACCUGCCAGAGGUCCGGAAGAUAAUGCCUCCAGACUCUUUUUAUUUCACAAUCCUCCGAGAUCCGGCCACCAUGGCUGAGUCUUCGUUCUCUUAUUACCGUUCCGUGUCCUCUGCCUUCAAGAAGUCUCCCAGUUUCCAGGCAUUUAUCACCAACCCGUCCAAAUAUUACCGGAGGGGAGAGAGAUCCAACCACUACGCUCGCAACCUUCUAUGGUUCGACCUGGGAUUCAAUCCAGAUGCAACGUUCACAGAAGCUCUGGCCAAAGCAGGAGCCCGGGCUGUUGAAGGAACUUUUCAUCUGGUCCUGCUUGCUGAGCACUUUGAUGAGUCGAUGAUUCUCCUGAAGGACCAAUUAUGCUGGGGGUUAGACGAUGUGGUGAGUUUCAAGCUCAACAUUCGUGGGGCUUCCAAGCCACUUGAGCGCGGGGACGUAGAGAGGUUACGAGCCUGGAAUGCACUAGACUGGUACCUGUAUACCUACUUUAACCGAACAUUUUGGGAGAAAGUGCAACAUUUUGGUAGAGAAAGAAUGGACAAAGAAGUGAAAGAGCUAAGAGAGAGGAGACGACAACUGGCUGAGUUAUGCCUUGAAGGCUUGGAACCUGUGAAGGCUGAGGACAUUAAGGAUGAAGCCAUCAAGCCUUUCCAGUUUGGACAAGAAAAAAUCAUGGGAUGGGCGAUAAAGAAAGAUCUCAUUCCCAGCACCAGAACCCAGUGCGUCCAAAUGGUGACCCCAGAACUUCAAUACAAGGACCUUUUGGAUGCGCGACAGUUCCCAACCGGUACUCGAAAUGGGUCAGAACCAGCAGCGACUCCAGCGAAAGCUAAAGGGGGUUGAACACGUCAGUGUCUAGAACAUUGGAAGUAAAAAUGUAAUAAGGGAAUAACACUAGUAAUUCUAUGAAGGUGAUUUUAAGAGAUAGAAGAGCCUUCUAGAUCCUAGCCUUCUAGUUGGUCUUCCGUCCCUUAUACGUGACUUCUCGUUAAAGACGGAGAAGAUGCUGCUGACAUUGACCGAACAAUCCUAAUCACUGGAAAGAUUGUACAAUGAGACCUCUUCCGUCGUACUUGAGGUUUCAAGACCUUGACUGCAUCCUGACGUGACUGCUGCCCCCAAAAUGUAAGACGUCGUCUUCUUCUGCCAGAUCACCCUGAAAUGGGUGAAGCUUCUUACUGCACUCUAAUGAUCGGGACUUCCUUUUAAUAGUGACUUAGACAUUUUUUCCGAAUCAGAUUGACAUUCCUUGGGUGAGGCUCACUUUAAGCAAAUCGUAUUUUGUUCUAGAAAUUAUUUUUUUGUGAGGUAAAUCAUUAUAUAUUUAUAGAGAUUUGUACAUUCCUGUGUAGUAAACACAAAGCUUUUUACAUGC